AUGACAGCCACAACAGCCAUCUUCAUCUUCAACCCUUCAUUACUCACGUCUUCGAGCCCAAAAACACUGUAUAUUACAGCGCAACACCCUAAGAUAUCAUUAUCUUCAAUUACGCGAGCACUAACGGUGAAGUGCAGCAAAAAUGGUAGCCCGGGACGUAUCAGUGGCGAAAAUGGGGGCAAUUUCAAGGACAUUUUGUCAGGUAUGGUGGACGAGAGAGUAGAGGAAUUGUUGAACAAAGAAGAGAACCAGGUUUUGUUGGAUGGACUGGAGAAAGCUACCCAGAGAGUUGAAAUGGCCAAGAGAGAGCUUGCUGAGAUUGAAAAGCAAGAAAUUGAAGCUAAGAUGAUGAGGGAUUAUAUCAAUCAACUAGAAGCAAAAGCCUCCGAGAUAGCAGAAUGCCAGAAAGAAAUAUUACAAGCAAGAGCAAUGGUCGAGGAAGCAGAGCAAUCUUUAACUCUCGAUGGUGGCAGAGGCAUGGAUUCGGAAAGUGAAUUUAUGUACAAAAAUGAGGAAAGAUUGGAGUCUAUUAAAGCUGCGUUAAUUUCUGCCGUUAUUGGCACCUUUGCAGGGCUUCCGAUAUCCUUAACUCGGGUUACAAACUAUUCUGAGCUAAUACUUCCUCUAGCAAUCACAUUUGCUAGUUGUGCAUUAUAUGGGGUAACAUUCCGGUAUGCAAUCAGAAGAGACUUGGAUGAUUCCCACCUGAAAUCAGGAACAUGUGCAGCUUUUGGCAUCAUCAAAGGCCUCGCUACACUGGAAGGUGGACCGCCACUGCAGCUGGACGCGGACAGCUUAAUAUCGCAUGCUUUUGAUGGUGCAGUUUAUGUCUCGGAAAAUCUUUUGAUUUUCGUAUUCGCUGCUGUUGGCCUGGAUUUCUUCAUUAAGUUGCGAAUUUUAAGCCCAUUUCCAAUCGAUCGAUCAGUUCCAAAGACGUAA